AUGUCUGUGUAUGGCAUAGCCAAGGUUCGCACUUCCGAUCUCCAGUCCAAGUCCAAGGCGGACCUCGAGUCCCAGCUUGAGGAGCUCAAGCAGGAGCUCCUCCAGCUCCGCGUCCAGAAGGUCGCCGGUGGCGCUUCGAGCAAGCUUGCCCGCAUCAACACUGUGCGCAAGAACAUUGCUCGCGUCCUCACUGUCAUGAACAUCAAGCAGCGCGCCAGCCUGCGUGAGUUCUACAAGGGCAAGAAGUACCAGCCCAUUGACCUCCGCGCCAAGAAGACCCGUGCUCUCCGCCGCAAGCUGACCAAGUUCGAGCAGAAGCAGAUCACUGAGCGCCAGCACAAGAAGGACGUUCACUUCGGUGUUCGCCGCUACGUCAUCAAGGCGUAA